AUGAAUGGUAGGGGUGGAAAAAGCAUGGAAGAGAUGAAUUAUGGUGGAAGAAGAAAAGAUGAUGCAGUUAGGGUUGAAGGAAAGGACAAAGAGGUGGUUGAUGGGUUUUGUUUCCAAGCAAAUGGAGAAAAUAUGAAGGCACGACAUUCAGUUAAAAUGGCACAUGGAAGAUAUGGAGUGUGGAAACCUUGUAUAUCUAUUGAUAAUGAUUCGGAGAAGAAAAGAAAAACAUCGUACGAGGAUGCAGAGAUGGAUCCAGAGAUUCAGCAUUUGAUAGAAACAUUCUGGGAGGUUGAUAACUGUCCUCCUAGUCUAACAGGAGAAAUAUCUCUGCAUGUAAACAAAACAGAGGAAGCAAGACAUUUGCCUCCAAGACCACCUUCAAGGCCACCUCCCAAAAAGAUGCUAAGAGUUUACAAAACUCAUCAUCUUUGUUAG